AUGACCAUCGGUGCUGUGAGAUCAACGAACCUCGCGUAUGUGCGCCUGGGCCUUCGCGGCCUCCAGCUCUUCUGCAGUCUGCUGGCCAUGUCCUUUGCGGCCGCUGGCUUCUACGGCGGCGGCUCUACGCGCUCCAGCACGUUCGUGCUGCUUAUGGGCUACACAGGAAUGCUCUACACGCUGUGGUACAUCGUGGCCGUGGAAGUGCUGCACUUGGCCAACCGCCCCGCUCUCCGCCUGGAACAGGGAACGGACGCCCUGCUGACCCUAAUGCUGCUCAUCGCCGGUAUUUGCCUGGCCGCCUCGGACUACACCAGCAACUGUGGCUACGGAUGGCACUGCAAUAACCUGCGCGCUGCCACGGCAUUCGACUUCAUCGCCAUGUUCUUCUUCCUCGUGUCGUUGGGUCUGACAUUUGUGGCCGGCGGCGAGUCGAGCCUGGGCCACUCGAACGUUCAGGUUGAGGAGCCGGUGCCCUACCACCAGAACGCCACACCCACGGGCGCGCUGUCGCCUAUUGGCCACCUCAACGAUGGACCUGCUUCCAAGGUGUAAAAAGAGUAUGCGCACUUUACUAGUAUAUCCAAGGGUGGCCAGGAACGAAACCGCCUCGGACGUCGCUGUGUGUGCUCGAUAGUGCCGCGACGAUAACUUUUACGUUCAAUACAUUUUCAAGCUGAUCAAUUUGUUCUAGGCUUGAGACGGUGUUCAUGCUGCCACCAAAUCGGGGCCGAGCCGCAUUAUUUCUUGAACCCCAGAGUCCCGAGAGGAAAAGCGUGAUAUUUUUGAUAUUAAACAAAUUACUAUGUAGUACUAUUU